AUGAUGAAUAGUUUGAAGGAUUCAUCUAAUUAUAGCCCCAAUUUGUCUCAUACAAGAGGUUCAAGGAAAAGAUCAGAUAUUUUUAAUGAGAAUUAUUAUGCAAAAAAUUUAAAAAGACGUAAAUUGAAGGCUGCCAAGAAAUUAAAAGAUAGCACAAAUGGAGAAUUUACAAAAAAGGUAAAAAAACAAUUAAAAGAUUAUUAUGAAAUGCGAUUUGAUAAAAAGGUAAUAAACUUACCAUUUAGCACAGAUUCGAUAAAUAUACAACAAAGAGGUUUUCAUGAUUAUAGUAAAGAUAUGAAAUUAAAAAAGAAUCAUAUGAAUAAGCCCUUGUGGAUAUGUUCAGAUGGAUUUAUAUAUUUAGAAAUGUUUAAUAGUUGUAGUAAGCAAGCAUCUGAUUUUUUAAUAACAAUAGCUGAACCAAUAUGUAGACCAGAAUUAAUUCAUGAAUUUCAAUUAACGAUUUUCUCUUUAUAUGCUGCAAUAUCAGUUGGUAUAACACUUGAUGAAUUAUUAAUUAAUUUAGAUAAAUUUUCUAAAAAUGUUUUACCCAAUGAAUUAAUAUCUAAUAUCACAAAAAGUGCUGAAUCGUUUGGAAAAGUAAAAUUAGUGUUAAGGGAAAAUAAGUAUUAUAUAGAAGCAACAAACAAAUCAGAGUUAGAUUAUUUAUUAAAUAAUGAUACAAUACAAAAUGCAAGAAUAUAUUCUACUGAUAAUAAUAAUGAUAAAAAUAUGAUAAGUUUGUAUAAUUUGAAUAAUAGGCAUAGAGAUAAUAACAAAAAUGAUAAUAAAAAUAAUAACGAUGAUAAUAAUAAUAUAGACAAAACUACAAGUAAUUUAUUAAAUGAAGACCAAAAAGGAAAAGAUUGCUACGUAACGUAUGAGGCCCCAGUGUUGGAUACAACACAGUUAGGAUUUAAAAUUAGCGAAAGUGAAAAACAACUUAUGAUGGAAGAAAAGAAACAUGCGAAUUUAAAUGCAAACGAGAAUUCAACAAAUUCUGCAGAAGUAUAUUCUUUUGAAGUAAAUUGCGAUAAGAUAGAAGAAGUAAAACAAGAAGCAUUGCAAACAAUGCAAAGACCCUUAUUAAUGGAAUAUGAUUUUAGAAGGGAUAAGAAGAAUCCAAAUUUAAUAUGUUCUUUAAAGAGUCAUGUUCAGAUAAGAUAUUAUCAAGAAAAGGCACUGAGGAAAAUGUUUAGUAAUGGUAGAAGUCGUUCAGGUAUAAUAGUGUUACCUUGUGGUGUAGGUAAAACAUUAACCGGUAUAACUGCAGCAAGUACUAUUAAAAAGUCUGCUUUAUUUUUAACAACAUCAGCUGUGGCUGUAGAACAAUGGAAGAAACAAUUUGAAGAUUUCACAAAUAUCCAUCCGAGACAUAUUAGAAUAUUAACAUCAGAUUAUAAAUUAGAUUUAUGGCCGAUUAAUGAAGCAGGUGUAUUAAUAUCAACAUAUACUAUGCUUUCUUAUUCAGGAAAAAGAAGUGAGCAAAGUUUAAGAAUAGUAAAUGAUAUAAGAAGAAGAGAAUGGGGUUUAUUAGUUUUUGAUGAAGUACAAUUUGCUCCAGCUCCAUCAUUUAGACGAAUAAAUGAUAUUGUAAAAUCACAUUGUAAACUUGGUUUAACAGCUACCUUAGUAAGAGAGGAUUUAUUGAUUCGAGAUUUACAUUGGAUUAUUGGUCCUAAAUUAUAUGAAGCUAAUUGGGUAGAAUUACAGAAUAAAGGUUUUUUAGCAAAGGCCUUAUGUAAGGAAAUAUGGUGUAGUAUGCCAUGUUCGUUUUAUAAAUAUUAUUUAAAAUCAAAUAGUUUUAUUAAAAGAAGACUAUAUACAUGUAACCCUAGAAAAUUAAUGAUGUGUGAAUAUUUAAUAAAAUAUCAUGAACAGAAUAAUGAUAAAAUUAUUGUUUUUAGUGAUAAUAUAUUUGCUUUAUUACAUAUAGCUAAAACUUUAAAUAAACCAUUUAUAUAUGGUAAACUAUCACCGAUUGAAAGAAUAGCAAUUAUUAAUAAAUUUAAACAUGACUCUUCAAUUAAUACCAUAUUAUUAAGUAAAGUAGGAGAUAAUGCUAUUGAUAUACCCAUAGCAAAUGUUGUUAUACAAAUUUCCUUCAAUUUUGCUUCAAGAAGACAAGAAGCUCAAAGAUUAGGAAGAAUUAUUCGACCAAAAAAUAAAGCUAAUGAAAAAAAAAAUAUUAAUGAUCCUGAUUCCUUUUUUUAUAGUUUAGUAAGUAAAGAUACAAUCGAAAUGUGUUAUUCUGAUAAAAGACAAAGAUUUCUUAUUAACCAAGGAUAUGCUUAUAAUGUGCUUAGUGAUAAUAUUGUCGAUUUUAAUAAACUUAAUUUGGUUUAUAAAAAUAAAAAAAUUCAAGAAAAUUUGCUCAAAUGUAUUUUGGCUAGUACGGAUGAUGGAAAUAUGGAUGAGGAUGAUGAUUUAUUUGAAGACCAGUCUUUUAAGAAAGAUAAUACUAAAGUUAAUAAGACCAAUUCAAAUAUUUUAUUAAAUAAAAAAGAGGAUUCAUUAAAAAAAAUAGAUAAUACUACAGGAGGAUUAUUAAAAUUAUCAUCAAAUAUGGAUGUAACAUUUGCUGAUAAAAAAAAAAUACCCACAAAAAAGUUUGCAGAUAAGCAUAUACUUUUUAGAAAAUUUCUAAGUCAAAAUAAAUGA